CUAUGUUGUCCUCUUUAAGAUUGUCAACUUUGGUGGUACUUUCUUAAUCAAAAGGUUUAAAAUGGUGGAAAUACUAGUUAUUAUACGGAGAAAUAAUGGUUGAUAAACAUGUUUGUAUUAAAAAUAUGGGAAGGAAGAAAAUGAAAAGUUGUAAGGUUUUCAGGAAAGGACUUGGGAACUCCCAAUUCUCAGGGAAGGACUCUCCGGCCAGUUAUAAAUAGGAAUCUUUCAACAAUCAUGCCACCCCACAUCAAAUUCAUCCUCUUUUUGUGCUUGUAUCUCUUUUCUUUGUUAUUAUUCUCUUUCACUUUUCUCAAACUCUCUCAAGAGUCAACAUGACUAUCCUCAUAGAGCAACCCGAUUACUUUGGGGCUGUUGUAGAGGCAAAGACUGAACCAAUAAAUGAGAAAGAACUGGUGUUGGAUGGUGGAUUUGUGAUACCACAGACCAACUCAUUUGGCCACACAUUUAGGGAUUAUGAUGCUGAAAGUGAUAGGCAAGAAGGAGUGGAGAACUUCUACAGAAAAAAUCACAUUUACCAAUCCUAUGAUUUUGUGAAGAAAAUGAGAGAGGAGUAUGCAAAAUUGAACAGGGUAGAGAUGAGCAUAUGGGAAUGUUGUGAACUCCUUAAUGAAGUUGUGGAUGAGAGUGAUCCUGACUUGGAUGAACCUCAGAUUGAGCACUUGCUUCAGACAGCUGAAGCUAUAAGGAGGGACUACCCAAAUGAAGAUUGGUUGCACUUAACUGGCCUCAUCCAUGAUCUUGGCAAGGUGCUUCUGCUUCCUAGUUUUGGAGGACUUCCUCAAUGGGCUGUUGUAGGUGACACAUUCCCAGUUGGUUGCAGAUUUGAUGAUUCCAUUGUUCACCCCAAGUAUUUUAAGGAAAAUCCAGAUUAUAACAAUCCUGCAUACAACACUAAAUAUGGGAUUUACUCAGAGAAAUGUGGACUUAACAAUGUGAUGAUGUCAUGGGGACACGAUGACUACAUGUAUCUAGUGGCAAAGGAGAACAAGACUACUCUGCCUUCAGCAGCUUUGUUCAUUAUCAGAUACCAUUCAUUCUAUGCUUUACACAGGGACGGAGCCUAUAAGCACUUUAUGAAUGAUGAGGAUGUUGAGAAUCUGACAUGGCUCCACAUUUUCAACAAAUAUGACCUGUACAGCAAAAGCAAAGUUCGAAUUGAUGUUGAAAGGGUCAAGCCAUACUAUCUCUCCCUCAUUGAAAAGUACUUCCCUGCAAAGCUGAAGUGGUGAAAUGUUGGAGCCUUGAAGCGCCAAUAAUUUAGCAUGAUAGCCAAUUAGUUUAGUUGGAUUAGAGGGAAUAAACUAUUAAGCUGUAGCAGCAAUAAUUUAUAUGCUUUGGUUUCUUUUAUGAAAUAAUAUUUGUAGUCAAGCUAUUAUGUGAAUUGUUUUCUACUUCUUUUUCUGUUUUUAGUCACUUUAGGCACUUCCUCUUUUUCUGGUUUCUUCACAAAGAAU